AUGGGUAUCUGCAUUCGCAACAACGACUGUUCGGACAAGGAAGCCUCCCAGGCAGUAGAAAUCAUCGGAUCGAUUUGCGAUGUCUACAAACAGUCGUCAGGGGCUGAUGCUGUUUCGUCUGCCUCAAGCAUUAUCACGGCGGCUGCCGGGAAGGCCACCGUCACAGCUUCCUCGACGCCUACUUCUACCAACGCUGCCAACCUGAUGGGCCACAAAAUCGAGGUGGCUGUGGUUGCCGUAGCGGCUGCAAUUCUUCUGUGA